AUAUUAUGGCAAAAUUUAUGAAUCCAAAUAAGAUCAUUACUUCAGUUAUUUUACCUCCUCGAGUAGUAUUAACCGCUGCGUUGCCACCAAGAAAUACUUCUACAGCGACUUCAAGCCGUAAGUAUAAGUUGAUUCUUAGUAAUGAUGAUUAA